CGCGUCACGUGGGCCGCCGAGCGGGCGAGGGCGCCUGCGCGCUUCCCCUCCCGGCCGGGGCGGUUCCGCUUCCCGGCGCGAGCCCCUCCGCCUGCGCGGCUCGCGGGACGGGCGGCGUCGUCAUGGCCGGCAUCAAAGCCUUGAUUAGCCUGUCCUUUGGGGGAGCAGUCGGACUAAUGUUCUUGAUGCUGGGAUGUGCCCUUCCCCAAUACAACCAGUACUGGCCACUGUUUGUUCUGUUUUUUUACAUCCUUUCUCCUAUCCCAUACUGCAUAGCAAGAAGAUUAGUAGAUGACACAGAUGCUACAAGUAAUGCCUGCAAGGAGCUAGCAAUAUUUCUUACAACAGGCAUUGUUGUCUCAGCAUUUGGUCUACCGAUAGUGUUUGCAAGAGCAGAACUGAUUUACUGGGGCGCAUGUGCACUUGUUCUUACGGGGAAUACAGUCAUCUUUGCCACUAUCCUAGGAUUUUUCUUGGUCUUUGGCAGCAAUGACGACUUCAGCUGGCAGCAGUGGUGAAAGGAAGAUAAGAGAACUAUCACAGGCAUCUCAUCGUGCAGUGGCCAUCCAUACAAAUGAGAGAAUGGGCAAUAAAGAGAAGUAGCGUAGCAAGCCUCUUGAGUAUUCUAGAUGCUCCUUUUCACCUUGUUUGUUCUGAGUGUACUACUGUUUCUGACAGGGUUUCUACAUUUUUAUGAAGCGGGGAGACGGUUGAUUUCAUUUUUACCUAUGAUAUGUUUUUAGGUGCUGUCUUGGUUUCAAAUUGUCAUCCUUCUGUCCAGUGUUUAUGUGAAGCUUUAAAUCUGGAACAUUUAAACAUGGUUUCAAAGAAGAUUCAAAGCUUUUUGUUUGUUUGUUUGUUUUGUUUUAAGUUAAGCAUUAAGACUGUGUUUCAAAAUAACUUUUUUAAUAUAGUGAUUAAAUUCCAGACAAGCUGAAUGGAGGUAAGAGAUUGUGCACCACCACUGUCAAUUACCAGAUCAGUAGAUUGUCGCUGUAUUUUACCAGAGGCAGGGUGGGGCGGGGAGUACCAGUUGCAGAUUUUUCUUCUGCCCAUACCUCUGACUGGGUGUUGAAUGUUGAUUGCCUUCGUUUCAGGAGAAGGCUGAGGAGCGGGUAGAGUAAUUUGGGAGAAGUCCUAAAUUUUAACAUUGCUAGCACUUUUACCUGCUUUGUUACCAAUUCUCAUGUGGAUGUGACAUUCAAAUACUCUGUAAAUGUAUUGAUGAUAUGACAUACAAAACUAAAGUGGAUUGUAGGGGAAGGGAAAAUGAUGUUUAAAUUCAAUUUUUUUAAAAAAUAUCUUUUGAACUCUUUAUAAGUAUUGUAUGGUUUUGAACUUAUGUCAGCUUUUUACCACAAAGAUGGUAAAAUGUUCAUUUAUGGAAGUACUGGUCUGUAUUAAUUUGAAGCAUAUACAAAGCUAUUUCCUCCUUACCCUUUUUAAUUUAUUUUAUACAUAGUAUAUAUAUAUAUAUAAAUAUAUAUAAAAAAAAUAGCUUUUCAAAUGUAGAUUAAAACUUUGUGUUAAAAUUGCCUAAGAAUGAUUUUCUGCCCACCCCCCUUCACACAAUGCAGUUGAGGCAUGACUUUUAUGGAAGUCACUGUCUGAACUGCUUUCACUGACUGUUUCUAAGUUCUUAUGCACUCUCGGUUAAGAAGAUUUAAUGUUAUGUCUGUAACUGUAGCUUGUGUUCUGUAAGAUUGCACAUGUAGCUUCAAAUAUUUAAGACAAGUUUUCUGCAUACCUCUCAACUGUCUGGAUUUUUAAUUUAAAGAAACCUGCCAUUAGACACUCCAUCACGAGGUAUGUGAUGUGUCCCAGUUAACCAGGUUUGAUUGUACCAUGUACAGUGAUAGACUUGACCAAACACACUUCUAAACUAUAUUUGUGUUCAAUUCUUUACAGAAAAGUGUAGGAAAGUUAUAAUGCAUAAUUAAAAGCUGAUGAUUGCUUAGGUUUUGCUUAACAGUGGAGCAGUAUGAAAAGGAACAGAAUUGCAAGUCUUAGCUGUAGUAUUUGUGUGCAGACAUAAACAAAGUAUAAAGCUUGAAUAUUUGAAAUCUGAUAGUAAUGGUAGUUACUUACACGAUAUGCUCAAGGCGCUGAUACCGGCAGUAGGGGUGCAGCUACCUACACGUGCUGCUUUGUUAAUGUCAUCCUGUGUAUAAAAUAAGAGCUCGAUUUUAUCCGUAAUGGUAAAGGAACAAAUAGGUGCCAAGGCCUGACAGCAGGAGCCAGUCUGUAGCAGAGAGUCUUUCAGCCAUAAGCACGUGCUUCACCAGACUGCCUGUGAUGGUGACGUUUGGAGGUGUGUAAGGGCUCUAGAAUCUUUUGUUUCAUCCCCUUUUUCAGUGAGACUUCUGCAUCCUUGCCCCCAGCAUGACGGGUGCUUUGGAAAACCGGUGACUAGAUUUGCAGCCUAUUGCAGUCCUUGUGAAGGAGGAACGCUUAGGACUUGUACAAAUCUUCUGAAUCUGUUACUGACUCCUUUUUUUGUGAUCAGGAACUGUGUUUUCUUUUUCAUUCCCGUGCUGCUAACCUUACUUCUCCAUGUGAUGCUACUCCCUGGAUCACUGGCCACUGAGCUGACCAUGUAUGUAUUGGUGGUAUGUUUUUUGUACGCUGAUUGCAUUACAGGCAUUACCUUCUUUUGCGUGCACACCAAGUACAUGCAGGAUUGCUCUGAUUUAUGAGCUGGACACUUGAGAGGUAUCCUUCCACAUAAUAUGCACUGAGAUAGUGUUAUCAUCCUUCUAGAGGGAAAAACUUUGAACGAUAAAAAAUUUAAGUAGCAAUCUUGAGUUCUGUAUGUUUAAUCAAAAAUACUCUAAUAAAAGAGUAUUUUGUUUAAAGUAUUAAUUGUUUUUUUCUUUCUUUAAUGUGGUUGUCAUUCCUGUUCAAGAGUUGUCACCAGAUUACUCAGUAGUCUUUCAGAGUGAGUAUUUGUGUCAUUUACCAUGGUUGACUGUAUAAAAGGUGGCUCAAUUGUCCACUGCUGUACUAGUUGCUCUGAACUGGCGUUGCUGGUCGUAUCUCAUACCUACAGGUUAUCUUCAGUUUGUGUUUGAAGUCCAAAUUCUGAUAUGUUGGUAUUACAUAAAGUGAUAGCUGCCUUUACCCUCUGGCGUAUUUAUAACUGUAAUUUUUAUUAAUAAAAUCCCAGCCUUUGUAA